GUGUGGGUACGAGGAGCGCUGGGUUCUCGGUGGGAAGCGGCUUUGUUGGUUAAAGUAGUAGUGCCAUCAUGAUCCUGCAGCAGAUCUUGCGGCUUUCCUCCCUUUUCCACUCCGCCGUGGCCACUCACGUGCGCAGGAACAUUGGGCUCUCUGCCAUUGUCUUCAACAAGGCAAAAGAACUCGAUCCAGUCCAGAAGCUCUUCUUGGACAAGAUCAGAGAGUACAACACAAAGAGCAAGCAAGCUGGAGGGCCUGUUGAUGCAGGACCUGACUUUCAGAAAGAUAUGAAUGAAUCCCUUGCAAGACUCCAACGGGCGUAUGGUGAGGGAGAUCUCACCAAGUUUCCAGAAUUUAAAUUUGAGGAGCCCAAGUUUGAGGAGACUCCAAAGUGAUUUCUGCAGCUUGUACACCAAACAGCAAUGUACAGGCACGGAGUUGCUGAAAAUGUCACCAGUUGUAAUUUAAUAAAUGUAGUGCUCCAGUUUGAUUUCAGUGGUGUGAAGAAGCUCUUAACUGCGUGGUGAGUGUAGCUAGCUGUGAUCACCAACUCUUACAUGACAAGAGGCAGCUGAAUAGUGCUGCUCAGUGUUAACUGCAAAACUCCUUUGUGUGCUGUGUUUUAAUACUUAGAUAUUAUAACAUUUAUAAUGAUAUGCCAGGAAGGAACUAUUUGUUCUGUUGAGUUUAUCCAAGAGGCUUCUGCAGAAAAAAAGUCUCCAUGAACCUUAAGUCUGUAGCAAAGCCCUACAGUAGUGAUGGAGCUGCACAGUCAAAAGCAUAGGCACAAAUGCCGUAAUUCUACACUGCAUCAAUGAACACAAAGGUGAUGAAGUUAAUCUUCCAGAAGAAAAUUAAAUCUGCUAAAGAGAUUGUAAGGUGUUAAUUUCUGUGACUGAACUAUUGACACAAACACUUUAGCUUCUGAGGAGCUAUUUAUUUAUAAUUAUAUCUGAGACACUACAUAAACACUUCGACAGUUAGAGUCUACAUACUACAGUUUGAAUUGUAUUGACGUGAUUUUUCUUCAGAAUGAAACUACAUACACAGUCUACAGAGAGAGACUUCCACAUUAAACAUUAAAACACUGCUUGAGCUUUUAAUACAGGAGGAUUUCUUUUAUUAGCAUAGUGAGUUUACUAAUACACACUUUGAAAUUGUAUCAGAUUUGCCAAAAUCAUCUCUUAAGUCCUAGUAAAUCAGAAUUGCAGGAGGAAUUGAGCCCUUGACAAUGGCUGAGACACAAGUAGUGAGAUCAUCUAUGAAAAUUAUUUGAAUAGAUUGUUCCAAGCUGCAAGAGUGAAUCUUAUAUUGCUGCAUGUACAUAUCAACAAAAUGAGAAGCUUUCACACAAAACUAAAUUGAAGAG